UGAUGCCGGUGCCCGAUGCCCGACUCUGUUGCCGGACGCCGGUGCCGGUGCCCGGUGCCGCCGCCGGUGAUGCCGAGCGGCCGCCCCCCCCCGCCCCCCGGCCCGCCCCGCCCCGGGGCCGCCCCCGCCCCCGCCGCUGCUAUUUCUGCUAAUCCGCGGCGGGGCCCGGCCGUGCCCAUCGGCAGCCGCCGCUCCCGGACGGCGCCCGGCGCCGCAGCCAUGAUAAAGCGUUUCCUGAAGGAGGACUCGGACGAGGCUGAGCUGACCCAAUUCCUGCGGGAUUGCCCUCCGGCCGACAGCCCCAGGAAGGUGGAGACUCCGGAGGGCCGUCGGGAGCCCGGCCACCCCCUGGGCACUGCGGGCAGGGGCCCCGCCGAAGAAGCCACGGACGAGAGGGACUCCAGGAUCUUCUCCCGGUCCCGGCCCCUGGAUACCCCGCAGCACAUCGCAGCCCCCCCGCCCCCCAGCCCCAACCGCCCGCGGAGCCCCUGGGGGCAGCUGGACCCCUACGACUCCUCCGAGGAUGACAAGGAGUACGUGGGCUUUGCCACCCUGCCCAACCAGGUGCAUCGCAAGUCGGUGAAGAAGGGCUUUGACUUCACCCUCAUGGUGGCAGGGGAAUCCGGGCUGGGCAAGUCCACGCUGGUGAACAGCCUGUUCCUGACGGACAUGUACAGGGACAGAAAGCUGCUGAAUGCUGAAGAGCGCAUCACGCAGACGGUGGAGAUCACCAAGCACGUGGUGGACAUCGAGGAGAAGGGGGUGAAGCUGCGCCUGACCAUCGUGGACACGCCGGGCUUCGGUGACGCCGUCAACAACACCGAGUGCUGGAAGCCCGUGGCCGACUACAUCGACCAGCAGUUCGAGCAGUAUUUCCGUGACGAAAGUGGCCUCAACCGGAAAAACAUCCAGGACAACCGUGUCCACUGCUGCAUCUACUUCAUCUCGCCCUUCGGCCACGGGCUCCGGCCCCUGGACGUGGAGUUCAUGAGGGCCCUGCACCAGCGCGUGAACAUCGUGCCGGUGCUGGCCAAGGCGGACACGCUGACCCCCGCCGAGGUGGAGCGCAUGAAGAACAAGAUCCGGGAGGAGAUUGACCACUACGGCAUCCGCAUCUACCAGUUCCCCGAGUGUGACUCGGACGAGGAUGAGGAGUUCAAGCUGCAGGACCAGGCACUAAAGGAGAGUAUCCCCUUCGCCGUCAUCGGCAGCAACACGGUGGUGGAGGCCAAGGGCCGGCGCGUCCGCGGGCGCCUCUACCCCUGGGGCAUCGUGGAAGUGGAGAACCCGUCCCACUGCGACUUCGUGAAGCUGCGGACGAUGCUGGUGAGGACCCACAUGCAGGACCUGAAGGACGUGACGAGGGAGACCCACUACGAGAACUACCGCACCCAGUGCAUCCAGAGCAUGACCCGCAUGGUGGUGAAGGAGAGGAACCGCAACAAGCUGACACGGGAGAGUGGGACAGACUUUCCCAUCCCCGUCAUCCCCCCAGUGCCAGAUGUGGAGACGGAGAAGCUCAUCCGGGAGAAGGACGAGGAGCUGCGGCGGAUGCAGGAGAUGCUGCAGAAGAUCCAGAAGCAGAUGAAGGACUCACACUAGCCUCUUCCUCCGCCUCCUCCUCCUCCUCCUCCUCCUGCUCCCGGCCCCCGGAUCAGAAAUGUUUACAUCACGCUCCGCCCCGCCCGGCCCCGCCAGACUCGGUACCAACCGCACCCGCCACCUUAAAGCUGCUGCGGUAUCGCCUUAUCCACCGCCCAGCGCCGCCCCAGGGGACAGCCGGGGACAGCCGGGGACAGCCCACCCGGCCCGGGGGUCCCCUGCCCCCGUGUCCCCCCGCCCCCGGGGACAGCUUUGUCCCCCAAGCUUUGGCUUUCCCUGUGUCCCCCCAGCUCUGGGCCAGCCCGCUCCCCCUGUCCCCAUGUCACCUCGGGCUCCUGCUCACAGCCUUCACCUCGGCUCGGCCCUGGUUUAAGGGGAGAGGAAACGGGGGCACUGGUGCCAGCCCCCCCAGCUGCCCCGCCGUGGGGGACAGGGCUGCUUGUUGCCUUGGCACAGAGGGACAGCAGCUCCUGGGGGGCACAGGGGACCCAGGGGAUGGAGGGACAGCCACCACCCUGUCCGUGUGCAGGGGGACUGAACGUGUCAGUGUCCAGCCCUGUGUCCUCACCCUGUCCCCACGAAGUGACACCAGGAAUCCCGGGCCCUGGGGAAAGCCCCUUGAACCCCAAAUCAGAGGUCGGGUCCCCAGCCCGGCUCCCCCUGGCUGUUGGCCCUGUAAAGCAAUAAUGACAGUCCUGUGCCUGUGGCACCUCCCACCCCAUGGCAACGGCGUUGUCCCUGCUGGUAUUUUGGCCUGUGGUGCCACUUGCUUGUCUGUGGUGUCCCUGUGUGCCCAGGAUGUCCCUGCCCCUGCUGCUUCCUGGCAGAGCAUCCCUGUGUGUUCUCCAAGGAUGUCCCCAUCCAUGUUGCUUCUCAGUGAAGCACUGCUGUGUGUCCCCAUGUUCCCCUGUGUGUCCCCAUGUUCCCCCAUGGUGUCCCCAUGUUCCCCCAUGAUGUCCCUAUGUUCCCCCACAAUGUCCCCGUGUUCCCCCAUGAUGUCCCCAUGUUUCCCUGUGAUGUCCCCAUGUUCCCCCACAAUGUCCCCGUGUUCCCCUGUGAUGUCCCCCUCGGUGUUGCUGCCCUCAGGAGCACUGCAGCUUGUCCCCCCCAGGCUGUCCCCAUCCAUGUUGUGUUCCCCCAGAGCACUGUGCUGCAUCCCUGUGUCCCCCCCUGGAUGUCCCCCCCCCGUGUUCCCACCCUGCAGGGCACUGUGUUGUGUCCCUGUGUCCCCCCCAGGAUGUCCCCCCCGUGUUCCCACCCUGCAGGGCACUGUGCUGCCUCCCUGUGUCCCCCCAGGAUGUCCCCCCUGUGUUCCCACCCUGCAGGGCACUGUGUUGUGUCCCUGUGUCCCCCCCAGGAUGUCCCCCCCCGUGUUCCCACCCUGCAGGGCACUGUGUUGUGUCCCUGUGUCCCCCCAGGAUGUCACCAGCUGUGUUGCUUCCCGACAAAGCCCCGCUGUGUGUCCCCAGGGGGAGCCUGGCCCACACCUCCUGGUGUCCCUGGGGACUGGAUCCCAACCCCUUCAGCUCCUGCUCCCUCCUGGCUCCGGGGAAGGACAAAAGGGGCUGGUGAGGCAGAACUGGGAGCAGUGGGAUCACUGGGAGCUCGCUGGCAGGGGGGUCCUGUCCCCACCAGGGCCACCCAAGGUGGGGUCCCCCAGGUGGGUUCUCCCCUGGUGGGGGCUGUGCCUGGCCGAGGCUCGGGGUGGGUCUCCAGGCACGUGCCCCCCGUGUCCCUGUGCCAGCCAGGGGUUCCCCGUGGGCAGGGCCCCCCGGGCAGGGCCCCACAGGGUAUAUUAGUGCUUUCCUUUUUUUAAUCUCGCUAUUUUCUUACAGAAGCCCCUCCUCCCUUGGCAUGACGGUCCUAGAGGCGUUUGUUAACGGAUAUAAGCAGAGUAUAGGUUUAUAAAUUCUUAUAGAGUUAGUGGAAAUAUUUUUAUCCCUCCACAACUGUUCUCAAUAAAUAACGGCUGACCCAGCUUGUCUGCAA